CUAUGCUGACAAUCACUGGGCUCACAGUAGCAAAUCUGCACUGCCAGAGGGAGGUGGAUCUGGAAGUUGUGUGUGCUGGGAUGCACUGUGCUGGUGAUGGGCAGGAUUACUGGGAAACCACUGGGAUAGGCAGGAAAGUGCUGUCCUCCCUAGAGAGCUGUCAGAGAGGCUUCAUUCUGGAGACAGCACAUGGAUCAUAUCUAAAUGUGCCUUUUACUCGUCCCACUCAGUAACUCACUGUUGUCUGGAAAAGAAAAGGGAAUUCAAAUAAACCAAGUGCGAUUGCAUUGCUCAGCUUGGCAACCCACCCUUUCCAGGCUGAUUUCAUGCAGACAUGACUUCUUGUUUAGUCUCAGAGCAUCUUCCUCUUUCUUUCUGCACAUCUUAGCAUUUCUUUAAAAAAACACUGUAAAAAUACCAUUUAUUUACAAUACCACUUGCUUGGGGGUGGGAACAGAGAGGAUUGUCUGAUCUCGCUUGGGCAGGCUGGACUUUGAAAUGUAGUCUAAUUUCAAGUGACACACUACAUUUCAUCUUAGACGAUAAGGCUGGAGUCUGGAAGUGCACUGGUAGCGUCUCUUUUAAAAGUUGAGCAUAUAGAAUGUAUUUACACCUAAUAAAAGGUGUUUUAUGAAAAGGGGCUGUGAUCCUGUAGAGUGACCUGGGUGUGCAGUAGCACAGAGUUGAAGAUUUCAUAUUUGUGUAGUUAUUGUAGAUACAACGAAGAAGUUCUUCCCUGUGAGGGUGCUGAGGCGCUGGCACAGGUUGCCCAAGGAAGCUGUGAAUGCCCCAUCCCUGGCAGUGCUCAGGGCCAGGUUGGACGGAGGCUUGGGUAACAUGGUUGAGUGUGAGGUGUCCCUGCCCAUGGCAGGGGGUUGGAACUGGAUGAUCUUAAGGUCCUUUCCAACCCAAACCAGUCUGGGAUUCUAUGAUUCUAUGACAUAAUUCUGACCUUUGGAAGCGGGGAGCAAGGUGAAGCAGCUAACCUUCAACCUGGUCAAAAUGAAAUCUGAACAGCAAAGAGGGGGAGUGUAGCUGAUGCCAGUCCGUGUGGCUUUAGAGAAAAGAAGCCUUCAUCUGGACAUGUGAUGCAAUUACAGGGUUGAUAAAGGGUACUGUGCAGAAGAGUUGGAGCUUUGACUUGGACUGCCUGCUUAUUUGAUGGACACAACUCUCCAGCCCAAUGCAACACAAGUCCAACAAAGCGUUAAAAUGGGAUUUGGGAUUGUUAGCUGUCAAAGCUCAAAAGCCAGACAUCCGUGGAGGAUGUCUCACCAAACACAGAAUAUUGCUUAUAAAAGGUCUGUGUGAAUAAUGAAUUGAAAGCCCCAAACUUGUCAGUAUUUUCAUCAUUGGUCUGAAAGCUGAUUGGGAGUCAGAGGUGGCAGGGGAAGUGAUGAAGGAGUUUUAGAGAAUUAGACAGUAAUUCACACAGACCUGAGUAAUCUGGGGCUUCUGGGAUGAUUCACAUUGACUUUAAUGUAGCCAGUGACAUGCUUGGGAGCUAAACACCACGGACUGUGUCUCAAGAGUGGGAGGACAUCUGCUGGGAAACCUGGAUGCUGAUAUGGGCAGAGUCUGAAACCCAGCCCUCAGCCAGAUGUUGCAGUAAGAAAAGCUGAUGCAACCCUCAAGUGCUUACAGAUGUUUAAAGAGGUGCUAAAUGGGAAGUGGCUUUACUACUGCAGACCUUGGGACUGGGGCUGUAGGUAUGCUUUGGUCACACCUGAUUGCAUAAUCUUGCUCAUGUAGUGGGAUUAGCCAUACCAGAAACUGAUGCAUGGAAAUUCAAACCAGAAACUGGCAAGCUAAAACUCAGAUACACAUUUUUAAUGGUGAAAGACAAAUGACUGGAACAGACUUCAAGUAGGAAAAAAAGAUUUUUGUAUGUCUGAGGAUCUCCACGAGAGAAAAUACCAGUCUGGGAUAUGGGUUUAGGCCAGACACAGUGGAGGAGCUCAACUCUACAGCCCCUGAUAGGCAGGGAGGCAGAGCAAAUGGGCUGUUGGGGCACACUCAGCAACAAUGACUCUGUUCUGGUCCCCUCUGUUUGGGGACAGGGAUGUUGCUAUCAUCAGCCAGACUGUACUGCCUCUGUUAAACCCUGCAUGUUUUGCCUCCUUCUAACCAGUUCUUUUAUGAUUCUUCCAUCCCUUCCAAGUGGGUGUGUGGUGUAAUCCCAGAUGCAUCCUUGCUCCCUGGUCCUCCAGUCCUUCUCUGACAACUUUAAGACCCAGCGUUGGAUUAUGGAGGGGAACCUGACAUACCUGCUGGGCUCCGAGGACACGUCGGUGGGUUACAUGUCCCCAACAUCUAACUCCUCUGCAACCCAUGAAUACAACUUCUACUACCCAGAACUGGACAUCAGCUGUGAUCUUGACAAUAUCCCAGCAUUUGCAUCUACCUUUUUUCCGGUGCUGUACUCCCUCCUGUUCGUGACCGGCCUCAUGGGAAAUGCUUUGGUCGUUUGGGUCCUAACAGUUUUCAAGAAAGUCAGGGCCAUGACUGAUGUGUAUCUGCUGAACCUCGCCAUCUCUGACCUCCUCUUUGUUUUCUCCCUCCCCUUCUUGGUUCAGUACUCCAUCACAACUCAGUGGACUUUUGGAAAUGCAAUGUGUAAAAUCAUCAGCUCGGCUUACUUCAUUGGCUUCUACAGCAGCGCCUUCUUCAUAACCAUCAUGAGCAUCGACAGGUAUUUGGCCAUUGUCCAGUCUGUCUAUGCUCUACAGGUUCGGACGACUGCUCGUGGGGUUAUCACCAGCCUGGUCCUUUGGGCAGUUGCCAUUUUAGCAUCAGCACCAGACUUCGUAUUUUUCCAGGAAACAAAUGACAAUAACCAGACUAAGUGCCUGCCUCACUAUCCUGACGGCAGCAAUGGCUGGAGGACUUUCAGUAAUUUUGAAGUCAAUGUCCUGGGGUGGCUGAUCCCUGUGGGUGUCCUCAUUUUCUGCUACCACAGCAUCUUGAAAAACCUGCAGAAGUGCCAUACUCAGAACAAGUACAGAGCAAUUAAACUGGUUUUUAUUGUUGUCAUCGUGUUCAUCCUCUUCUGGACCCCCAUCAACGUUGUGCUUUUCCUGGACUCUCUGAAGAAUAUGCACAUCAUCAGUGACUGCCUGACAAGCCAAAGACUAGAUCUAGCCAUGGAGCUGGCUGAGGCACUCUCCUUUGUCCACUGCUGCCUCAACCCAGUCAUCUAUGCCUUUGUGAGUGAGAAGUUCAAGAAGCAUCUCCAUGAAGCUUUCAGAAAACAUGCCCAUUUUCUGUUGUUCUGCAAAGACUACAGUGGGCGCAGACUGGACAAGCACUCCUCUCUGCAUGCAGCAUCCUCACAGUCAUCUUCUGUUGGCGCUGUCUUAUAGAGCUAUAAGUCAAAAACUUUCAUCCCGAGCAGAUGACUUGAAGCUGAGAAAUCCUCCCAGCAGGGCAUGCCCAGGGAUGCACUGCUUGGGCAACCUUUUAGGAUAGGAAAAGUGGAAGCAGCUGCUCCUGCUUGCUUUUUAACAUGGUUGCCUUUGGGGUUCUUAAUUUUUAGUGUCUUUAGCAUCUUUCUCCCUUUUCCUUUGCAUGUCCUGCCCUGCCUGCAUCGUGAAAGGGAGGAUGAAAUUACUAGCAGACCUCUGCACUCUCUGAGCAUCACAGAGAGGUGCCUUAGAAGCAUUUCCUUCCCCACCUCAGAUUCAGUACUGAAAGAACCUGGUUAUGUUCCCAGACUCAGGACACUUGGCUGCUCCUUCCUUCACCUCAUCAGAGUGGACUGGCUUUGUAGGCAGGGUCAAGGCUCACAGCAGGAGCGGGAACCCACUCCUUGGAGGGAAAAGGUCAAUGUUUAAGGUAUCAUGCCAGGGCCUGGCUUUGUUGAUGGAUCUGAACAAGGCUUCUAGCCCAGAAAGAGCUUAGUAAGUGAAUAAUUAGAUAGGCAACAAAGAGAAAUGCUAUACAUGUGUUUUGCUGUAAUCAAUGUGGAGGAGUAUCUAGGUAUGAUCCUAUCUCUCCAUCCACUACCAGGGGUGCAGCUCCUAGGCUGGAAGGGUUUGGAAGUUGCAGCUUAGAAAUUACACUGUGGUUGUCAAGGAAAAACCCUUAUGAGAAUGAAUGAGUGCCCUAAGGAUGAGUAGAGAAAUAGUUACCAGGAAGAAAAAAGCUGAAGAGUUGAAAAAUACUGAGUGUGAGCUGAGAGCGCAUUAAGAGUGGUAUGUCUAAGCUUCCCGUGGUCCUGCUUGCUGGUAAGCCA